CCGACUUUUUUCCUUUCUUUCCAAGAAUCAAACAGUUGUGAGCGGCAGUCUUGCCAUGGAAAUCGAUCCUUCACUAUGCACAUAACCGACAACACGGGGAUGGAAGUGAUUCGCCUGCAGCGUGAAUUCCAGUGCUGGAAAGCAUCAUGUUGGUGUGCAUGCUCAGACUGUUGUGCGCAUACGCUGACUGUUGAGGCACCUGUUGGGACAACGGUCGGAUAUGUGAGGCAAAAGUGCUCCGUGUGUCAGCCUAUCUACGCCGUCCAGGACUAUGACCACAAUGAACUGAUGACCAUCCUGGGACCGUGUUGUGUUACCGGUUGUAGCGACAUUGAGUUUAGGGUUACAUCUGCAACGGAUGAUCAAGACAUUGGAGAGAUAACCAAGAAUAUUUAUUUACCGAUUUUACCGAUGGUGAAUGCUCUGACCACCGCUGACAAAUUUGGAGUCUCGUUUCCGAGGUCACUUGAUAUUAAACAAAAGGCAACGAUGAUUGGAGCAUGCUUUCUAAUUGACUUCAUGUUCUUUGAACGACCUCCAGCUCCCAGAGAAUAUUAAAUCCAAAACGGGAAUAAACACUUUUUAAAAAGAGUUUUCAUCUUUCCAUUCCACUCAAGGGCUUGUGUUUAAUGGUUGGAAUUUAUAGUUGAACUUUAUGUUGACCUUUGUCUGUGAUAUUCUUUGAUAUUAUUGAUAUUAUCGUCAGUG